UUGGAUAUUUGAGUGAGAGAACAGUGAAUGAGGAGUUCCAAUUCCCAUAUUCAAUUUCAAAUGUUCUUCUCCAUGCAGCUUCUUUGCUUCUACAAGCACCCACCACCACUGUUUGUACACAAUAUUAAUGAAGGCAUUUUUAAGUACAAGAGGUUUUUCACAAACCCUUCUUCUUCUUCUCGUGGCAUAGUUCAUGCAGUGAAGGAAGAUUCACAAUCACAGCAAUAUGAGGUAGACCCAGAUAAAGCCAGAGAAGCACUCAAAAAGCUUGAUGAGCAAAUCCAGUCUCUCUCCAAUAAAAAACAAGUCUCCACUCCAAAACUCAGAGUUUCGGACAUGAAGCUUCCCACAGAGCAAGCCAGUCGCAAUGAUGAGAAGUUAGAAAUUUCAGAUUCGUUCCUUACAACUUUAGCUGCUGGUCUGGUUCUCUUCACUGUAUUUUAUAAUGUACUAUUCUAUGCUGUAAUUAAGCCUGCCAUCGAUGGUUCAUAACAUCUCCAUAUAUGGCUCGUGUGUGUAUACAUAGAAGAAGAAGGUUUUAUAGCAUAUAAGAACCUCGUUGUUAUAUAUACAUAUGAAAUGGAAGUUGGACUAUAUCAUUUUUCUCACGACUGUAUAUACAUACUUACUCUCUUGCAUG